GGGUCAUUGCUCGAGCUUUCUGCUCCCUCGGUCUUCGUCGUCUGCUGCUUCCUCCGUCUUCGGUUCAGUGAUACAGAGCUCCAUCUCCCUCUUCACCGCCUCACUCUUCAAGGGUGCAGGGUUUCGCCGUGUACUCCUUCAGGAAAAUCAUCUGACGAGCAAGGCUUUCAACUGAGCUCUUGCAGCGGCAACUCUAUAUUCUGCUCUCCUCGCCACGCCAGCUAAACAUUAACCGUUCGAGUGCACCGGAGGCUGUGUUUGACUCUUCCUUGGGUGAUGAAGGCAUUGUUCCAGCCAUCUGAUAUAUGCAUACAAUCUGGGCUUAUUCUGCAUGGUAGCUUGAGUGUCGUGGUGGUGGAGUUAAGGUGUGAUGGCCAGAUAAUAGUCUUCGUUUUCAUGUUCCCCCUGGUGGUAUCAGCUAAGUAAGUUGUGCUGGGGGUCUGAAUCCUUCAAACCCACAUCAGGAGCGCGUAACCCACUUGGCGAUGCUUUACGUUUCCGACAGCGCCAAGAUUUGCUGUUCUGAGUGUUUACACGGCAUUGGUCCUAUGACACUGCACACAUCUGUGGCUGAUUAGUAAGUGUACGUACGCAGCUGUGCCCACUCUCAAACUCUUUAAAUGUGCUCUCUCUCUUCACUGUCAUGACCGCGCUUCGGGGCUGCUGCAUAUCAGAGAGAUUGAAGGCCGUGGCCAACCUCUUUCCAACAAGUUCUACACUUUUUCCCCGUGAAAAGCUUCAGCCUGCGCGGUAAGCUGGGACAGUGCGCUGUCCCUCGUGAUCACACUUUUCUGUCAAGCUUCAAUCUAUCGACUUUUACCUGUGGAUACUUCGCUCCUACCCACAUGCACCUGUGCAGUGAGGUCCAGGUCGCGGAAGUACAACGCUAAGCCGUCGAGUCUGUCGGUUCACAUUACUAUUUGAGGUGUCUUUGAUUGUGUAAUUAAAGGAUUAGACUUGAAUAUUUACAAGUGAUCUACUAUGCCCAAUUGUGUAUUUGGUUGUAUGCAAGGACUUGCAUCUUCAUCAAGAAAAGAAGCCAUGAACAUUCAAAGUAUUUAUUUGCAAUGUGAAAUCUUGACGAAAAGAAUGGAGGAUUUAUUGAAGAUAAAAUACAUGUUGAAUAGAAAUCAAUGUACUAAUUUGUACAUGCAACUUGUCCAAGUUAUGAAAGUAUUUGAAAAGGCAUUUGAAAAGGCAUUUGAAAAGGUAUCAACAAUACCUUAUGAUGACAACAUUGGAAAGAUGUGGCUUAUAUUUGUUGAGUUGCAUGUUGUGGUGGGCAAAAGCUUCUUAUUGUUAGAAAAUUGUGGAGAGAAAAUGGUGUGAAGCAACUAUCUUUCAAAUGAAGAACAAAGAAAGUUUUAGAGAAAUCCUUUUAGAUUUGGUCCUUUGUUGUAAUGUGGCAAGUAAAGUCUUAACAAUGCACUAUUCAAAAGAAUUUGAAGACAUUGCACGUAUUAUGUGUAAUGUUAUUACAUUUGAUAAAGGUGAAGAAGAUGAUGCGAGUCUCUACAAGAGGUUGGUUGAUGGAAGCCAAGAUGAUUGUUUUGAAGAAUGUGGAUUAACUAAAUAUUUGUUGCAAAGAUGGAAAGACUUGGGUCGCAUUGAAGGUGGAGAUUUGAAUGCUUUGGAGCUUUCAAAUAAUAUUGAAAGCUUAAAAAUUGGUGAUUGCAUAGGUGAAGGUGCAAAUGGAGUUGUUUAUAGAUCGAGGUGGUUUGGAAUAUUGAGUACCACAAAGAAAAUAGUUGGUAUCUUCAAAGAAGAUGUUCCUAUUGAAGUGGGAAUUUUAGCAGCUCUAAGCCAUCCCAACCUUGUGAAGUAUUUUUUUGCUGCAAAAGUGGAUACUAACAAAUUUGGUGAGAGGUGCUCUAUGGAGGGGAGAAAUGAAACUUUGUAUUUAGUGACAGAAUUGAUGGACAUGAGUUUGGUUGAUAUGUUGAAAAAAAAAAAAUCAAUGGCAUUUGGUUUUCUCAUUGAUAUUAUGUAUCAAGUUGCAAAAAGAAUGUGUUAUUUGCAUGACAUGCAAAUUGCACAUCGGGAUCUCAAGCCAGAUAACAUACUUGUGAAUUUUAAAAUAGAGGAAGUCAAGAACAAUGGUGAAGAAUGGACAUUUGUCAAAAUAAGUGAUUUUGGGACCUCUAAAAGCAAUGUUGGAAGGACUCCAAAAAGUAAAAGUUGUGACUUUAUUUAUGGCACACCAAGGUUUGUUUGCAAGAAGAACAACUACUAAGUAGACUAGAAUACUCAAACAAGUUGUUAGAGCUAUGCAAAAAUGGUGUAAAAGCAAUAUGUCUUGUUGGCAUGGGUGGAAUAGGCAAGACAACAAUGGCAAAGUGUAUGUAUAAUGAGGUGAAGGAUAUGUAUGAUGCCUCAUGCUUUGUUGAAAACAUGCAACAUAGUGGUAAUAGCUACACCAUUUGUUGCUACAUUUUAAAAGAACUCAAGGUUAAUCAAAUACCAAAGACUUUAGAAGAUGCUCAAGUAUUAUUGAUAUCACACUUAACGUCAAAGAAUACCAUCUUGGUGUUUGAUGAUGUGAAGGAACAAAGGGUAAUUAGAGACAUUGUUCCUAUAGAUGAGUUUUGUGCAAGGAAUGGAAACACUUUGAUUGUAACUACACGAAGUUGGAAUAGCAUGAAGGAUUGUUCCAUAAAGACUCAUAGAAUGGAUAUUGAAGAACUUGAAGAAGGUUCAAGUUUAGAGUUGUUUAUUAGUUAUUCUCAUAGAAAGCAAGUUGAAUUGCCUAGAGAAUUUGAUGAUGUGGGUAAAAAGAUUGUGAAAGCUUGCAAUGGCUUACCUUUGAGUUUGAAAGUUAUGGGAGCAUUUUUGAGAGGACAAAAGAGAGUACUAUGUUGGGAGCAAGCUUUUCAAAGGUUAAAAAGAGCAAGAAAUGUGAAAAGAGAUGAAGAAAAUAGUGACUAUAAGAUUUGGACAAUAUUGAGAGUAAGCUUUGACCAAUUAAAAGUUGAAGAAAAAGACAUGUUUUUGGACAUUUGUUGUUUUUUUACUAGUGAUGUAUAUCCACAUGGGAUGUCAAAAGAAAGAGCAUUGUAAAUAUGGUCAAAUAAUGAGAGAUUGUAUUUGAAGCAAGAUGUAGAGGAAACAUUGGACACAUUGAUUAGUCAUUCAUUGGUAAAAAUAGAUGAAUAUGGAAUCUUGAAAAUGCAUGACCACUUACGAGACAUAGGUUGAAUGAUUGUUGAAACAAAUAAUGCAUAUAAAGACACAAGAAUAUGGAAAAUGAGCAUAGUGCAAACAAACGGAUUCUCAACAAAGGUACUUGACUUAACACAUGUGUCAAUGAGAUGCAUACAACUAGGAAUGAUGAUAAAUAGUUUGCAUGUAGUAUUUGUAGAUAUGAUGUAUCAUUAUUUUGUGAGGUAAUAUAAUAGAAUUUAGAUAAUUAUAAGAUAUUUUGUAUUGAUAUUGAGUUUACAUUGUGAAAUCUAUGAUAUUGUUUAAUUUAUGUCAUAAAAUCUUUGACGAAGAAGCAUUGGAAAAGUUGAAGAAUCUAAUUGUUUUACAAUUGAAGAAUUGUGAGUUCAUAAAAAAAUUUCCAAGUUUAAUAUUCUUAACAAAUACAUUAUUAGAACUUGAUUUAGAAGGUUGUUCGAAUUUAGGAACAUUACAAGAAAGUAUGCAUAAUUCAACAUCAUUAAGGGUCUUGAAUUUGAAAAGAUGUAUAAGAUUAAAGGCACCAGUAAAUUCAAUAGGAAACUUGAUUUAUUUGCAAUGGUUUAGUAUUGAAGGGUAUAAUAGAUUGCCAUCAUUGCCAAAAGAAUUGGACAACCUUAAAGCUUUCACAACAUUAACUAUAAAUAAAUGUCAAAAUUUUAUAUCAUUGCCAAUUGAGUUAGGUUACCUUACAUCUUUGACAACAUUUGAUGCAAGUAGAUGUAUGGACUUGAACUCAUUACCAAAUGAAUUGGGCAACCUUUCAUUGUUGACAAUAUUUGAUAUCAAAUGGUGCUUGAUCUUAAAAUCAUUGCCUAUGGAGUUGGACAACCUUACAACUUUGACAACAUUUGAUAUAAGAUGGUACAAGAACUUAAAAUCAUUACCAAACACAUUGAAAAACCUUACAUCUUUGACAACAUUGAAGAUGAGUGGAUGUUUGAGCUUGACAUUAUUGCCAAAUGCGUUAGGCAACCUUACAUCCUUGAUACGAUUUGAUAUCCAAUAGUGAAAGAAUUUGAUAUCAUUGUCAAAGGAGUUGGGCAACCUUACAUGUUUGACAACUUUUAAGAUGAGUGGGUGUGAGAACUUGACAUCAUUGCCAAAGGAGUUGGGCAACCUUACAUCUUUGACAACAUUUAAGAUAAGUGGGUAUAAGAACUUGACAUCAUUGCCACAAGAAUUAGGCAACCUUACAAUUUUUACAACAUUUAAGAUGAGUGGGUGUGAGAACUUGACAUUAUUACCAAAGGAGUUGGACAACCUUACAUCUUUGAGAACUUAAGCUCUAAGUUAGAAGUAUAUCUUAACAUCAUUGUUAUAGAAAUUGGACAAUCUUACAUCUUUGAGAAUAUUUGAUAUAAGUUUGUGUUUUAGUUUGAUAUCAUUAUUAGAGGAGUUGAGCAACCUUAUCUCUUAGAGAAAGUUUCAUACAAGGUGGUGCAAGAAGUCAUUUUUAGUAAAGAAAUUGAGCAACCUUAGAUCUUUGAUAAUAUUUGAUUUUAGUUGGUACAAUAAGCUAAUAUCAUUAUCAUAGGAGUUGAGCAAGCUUACAUUAUUGGUAUAAUUUGAUGUAAUUAAAUGCCUACAUUUAACAUUGUUGCAAAAGAAUUUGGACAAUCUAUUAGCUUUUAUAAAGUUUCAUAUAA